UUCUAUCUGACUUUAUUUGCAAAACAAAGCACUUGUCCAAUCUUAUGUACAUUUGUUUAAAUAUUAGUUAAGGAGUUAAUUUAUUACAUUUUUAGAUUAACGUACUUGUCUUUAAAUGGUGGUAUACUUAACUUGACCAGUUAAAACAUUUAACUGUAAUAAUGAACGAAGUAGACGACAAAUUUUAUUAUGUGUAUAGUUCAUCAUUGGAUUAUAAAGUUGAAAUAAAGAUUGGUACUCUAGAAGGCAAACGAACUAAGCCAGAAUAUGACAAGCUUCUCUCCGACCCAAUGCUCAAGUUCUCGGGGUUGUAUCAAGAAGGCUGUUCUGACCUAUAUGUGACCUGCCAAGUGUUGUGCGAUGGUGUACCACUGGCUUUACCAAUCACAACAUCUUAUAAAUCCUUUACUAAGAGAUGGAAUUGGAAUGAAUGGGUGACUUUGCCAGUAUACUAUAGUGAUUUACCUCGUAAUGCAAUUCUUGCCAUGACAAUAUAUGACUGUGCGGGCCCGGGGAAAGUUUUGGUAGUCGGCGGGACCACUAUAUCACUAUUUGGAAAACAUGGCAUGCUUAGACAGGGUAUAUUCGAUCUGCGAGUGUGGCCCGGUGUGGAAGGCGGCGAAAGGACGCCAGGGAAGGCACCGGACAGGGGCAAGGAGCAGAUGCAGAGGCUCGCGAAACUCGCCAAGAGGCAUAGAAACGGACACAUACCGAAAGUAGACUGGCUGGAUAGGCUCACGUUCAGAGAAAUAGAGAUGAUAAACGAGAAGGAGAAAAGAAACUCCAAUUACAUGUACCUCAUGAUAGAGUUCCCCACCGUUCAGAUCGACGGGAUCAACCACGCUGUAGUGUACUACGAACAAGAUGGCGACGAGAUGUACCAGUUCAGAGCACAGGCGGAGAUCGUUACAGUGCCCGACUAUGAAAUACUACAGGAGAACCUGGUGGAGAGUAAGCAGCAUCGGCUGGCUCGCUCCCUGAGGUGCGCGGUGCCGGGCCGGGACGCGAAACCCUCGGCCGCUGAGAGGGACCAGCUGGCGGCGCUGCUCACGGCGCCCGCGGCCCUCGCGCCCCUCGCCGCGGACGAACAGGACCUGCUGUGGAAGUACAGGUUCUACCUGUCGUCUCACCGCCGCGCACUCACCAAGUUCCUCGCGUGCGUCAAUUGGAACAGACCCGGUGAGGUGCGCCAAGCGCUGGCCAUGAUGAAGCAGUGGUCACCUGUGGACGUAGAGGACGCGCUGGAACUGUUGACACCCAAGUUCACGCAUCCAGCGGUUAGAAAAUACGCCAUAUCAAGGUUGAAACAGGCCCCGGACGAAGACCUCCUCCUGUACUUGCUGCAGCUGGUGCAGGCGCUCAAGUACGAGGACUUCAAUGAGAUAAAUGAUGAAUAUCAGCGAGUGUGUGGUAAGGAAGCUGCCGUGUACUCUGAUCAAGACGGGAAGUUACUGCAGAGUGGUCACCGAGGCAGUCAGGCCAGCCUCUUGUCUACAUCUGUGCUGACGAACAGCGAGAUGACGUCAUCGUCUAUAAGUCGCCAUUCAGAUGUGGAGUCAGAAAACAUCUGCAUCUCCGGGAGCGGCAACGAUCAGGAUAUCCCUGAGUCCGAGCAGUUCAGCCUGGCAGGGUUCCUCAUCCGACGAGCUCGCUCCAAUAGCGUUGUGGCCAACUACCUGUACUGGUACCUGCUAGUGGAGUGUGAGCCCCAGGACUCCGCCCCCGCCUCGCACAGAGACAUGUACCUGGCCGUCAUGAGGACCUUCAGUACACAGUUGGCUAAGGGUUCGUCGGAGCAGCAGCGCACUCGGUCGAUCUUGGCUCGUCAGCAGCAAUUUAUCGACCGGCUGGUCCGCCUGGUGAAGACGGUGGCGCGGGAGUCCGGCAACCGGAACCGGAAGGCGGAGAGGCUGCAGCAGCUGCUGGCCGACCAGGACGCCUUCAAGUAUAACUUCACUUCCUUCGAACCGAUGCCCUUCCCGCUCGACCCGAAUGUUAAUAUCAAGGGUAUAGUGGCGAAGAAAGCGAGUUUAUUCAAGUCGGCCCUGAUGCCGUGCAAGCUGACCUUCCUCACCAGCGAGGGGUCGGAGUACCAGGCCAUCUUCAAACACGGGGACGAUCUGCGGCAGGAUCAGCUCAUCCUGCAAAUGAUCACUCUCAUGGACAAGUUACUUAGAAGGGAGAACCUGGACCUCAAGCUGACUCCCUACAAGGUGCUGGCCACCAGUUCCAAGCACGGCUUCCUCCAGUUCAUAGAGUCGGUGACGGUGGCGGAAGCCCUGGCCACCGAGGGCAGCAUACUCAACUUCUUCAGGAAACACAACCCUUGCGACAACGGACCUUACGGCAUCAAACCUGACACAAUGGACACUUACAUACGGAGCUGUGCUGGCUACUGCGUCAUCACGUACCUGCUGGGUGUGGGCGAUCGUCACCUCGACAACUUGCUUCUGACGCGCUCCGGGGCGCUGUUCCACAUCGACUUCGGCUACAUCCUGGGACGUGAUCCAAAACCUCUCCCUCCACCGAUGAAACUCAGCAAGGAGAUGGUGGAAGCUAUGGGCGGCGUCCACUCCGACCACUACCACACGUUCAGGAAGCUAUGUUACACGGCUUUCCUACAUCUACGCAGACACGCCAACCUCAUGCUGAAUCUCUUCUCGCUGAUGGUGGACGCGUCCGUCCCCGACAUCGCCUUGGAACCAGACAAGGCCGUCAAGAAAGUGCUCGACAAACUUAGACUGGAUCUUGGUGAUGAAGAAGCAGUUCACUACUUGCAAAAUCUCUUGGAUAUGUCAGUGACAGCUGUCAUGGCGGCUCUAGUCGAACAACUGCACAAGUUUGCACAGUAUUGGAGGAAAUAAUGUGCGCAUUGAAACGUCCAAUCGUUGUUGAGGAUUCUGUUGUUAAUUGUAUAAAUGUCACAUUCAACCAAUAGCGGAACGCCAUCGAGUGGCACGGUUCCCGCCCGGAUCAAACUCGAAAGGAAUUAGUUGUAAUGAGAUUGAUUGUAUAAAUUUAUUUGUUAAUAAAAUUAGUAAUUAUAAUUAUCAUGAAAUGACAAUAUGUUUGAAUAUUAAUAAAAAAAAGGAAGGUCGAGAAGAUGCAUUCUAAAAAAAAUACUGUUGAAAAAAGAAUGUUCUUAUGUUAAUACGGUGUUCGACUUGCUACCAAUAUUGUUUGUUAGAACAGGACAGAUAGUACCUUUAAGUUUUGAUAACAUUAGGCCUCAAUUAAUAAAUUAAACGCCCGAGUGAUUAUAGAAUUGUAUUUGUAAUUCUUCACUGUGAUAUUUACAAAUAAAUUAUUUUCUUAAUAAG